UGAUCUCAGAGAGCUGCUCUCUCUCAGUCUGUGAGUGCAGGAAAAUGGCCAGUAUUUCAGUAGAUCAGGACCAGUUCAGCUGUCCAGUCUGUCUGGAUCUGCUGAAGGAUCCAGUAACUAUUCACUGUGGACACAGUUACUGUAUGGUGUGUAUUAAUGGACACUGGGAUCAGGAUGAUCAGAGGGGGGUCUACAGCUGCCCCCAGUGCAGAGAGACUUUCACUCCGAGGCCUGUUCUACACAGAAACAACAUGCUGGCUGAAGUGGUGGAGAAACUGAAGAAGACAGAACUCCGAGCUGCUUCUCCUGCUCACUGUUACGCUGGACCUGGAGAUGUGGAGUGUGAUUUCUGCACUGGGAGGAAACUCAAAGCCAUCAAGUCCUGUCUGAUGUGUUUGGCCUCCUUUUGUGAAACUCAUCUUAAAACUCACUAUGAAGUUCCUUCCUGGAAAAACCACAAGCUGGUCAAAGCUUCCACACGACUACGAGAGAAGAUCUGCUCUCAGCACGACAAACUGAUUGAGAUCUACUGUCGUACUGACCAAACAUGCAUCUGCUAUUUGUGCAUGUUGGAUCAACACAAAGGCCACGAUUCAGUCUCAGCUGCAGCAGAGAGAGCUGAGAGACAGAGGCACCUAAAGGAGAUGCAGACGAAAUCCCAGCAGAGAAUCCAGGAGAACCAGAAAAAGCUGCAGGAGCUGAAACAGGCUGUGAACACUAUUAAGAGCUCUGCUCAGACAGCAGUGGAGGACAGUGAGAGGAUCUUUACUGAGCUGAUCUGCUCCAUUGAGAAAAAGCGCUCUGAGGUAACAGAGCUGAUCAGAGCUCAGGAGAAGACUGAACUGAGUGGAGCUGAAGAGCUGAUUGAACAGCUGGAGCAGGAGAUUGCUGAUCUAAAGAGGAGAGACACUGAGCUGGAGCAGCUUUCACACACAGAGGAUCACAUCCAUUUCCUCCAGAGUCUCAAGUCUCUUUGUGUUUCUUCUGGAUCUGAAGACUCUCCCAACAUCACUAUCAGUCAACAUCUCUCAUUUGAUAAAGUGAGCAAAUCUCUGUCUGAUCUGAAGAAGCAACUACAGGAAUUCUGUGAAGAGAACUUAAGCACAAUCUCUUCACACGCUGCAGCAGUUCAGAUCUUACUGUCAGAACCACAAACCAGAGUGGAUUUUCUACAGUAUUUCCGUCAGAUGACUCUGGAUCCCAACACUGCAAAUCCUCACCUCAUUCUCUCUGAGGAGAACAGAGUGGUCACACACAGUCAGAACGUCCAGUCCUACCACUACCAUCCAGAGAGAUUUGACCCCAGGUGGCAGGUGCUGUGUGAGGAGAGUGUGAGUGGACGCUGUUACUGGGAGGUUGAGUGGAGCAGGAUGGGAAAUGUGUACAUCUCAGUCUCGUAUAAAGGGAUCAGCAGGAAAGGUGCAGGUAAAGAGUGCUGUUUUGGCUACAACAGUCAGUCCUGGAGUCUGCUGUGUUCUUCCUCUCUUUCUUUUUAUCACAAUGACGUUCAGACUGAGAUCUCAGCCCCGUCCUCCUCCAGAAUAGGAGUGUAUGUGGAUCACAGUGCAGGAACUCUGUCCUUCUACAGCGUCUCUGACACAAUGACCCUCCUACACACAGUCCACACCACCUUCACUCAGCCUCUCUAUGCUGGAUUCUGGCUUUCUGGAUGCACUGUGACACUAUGCAGUCUGAAAUUAACACCUGUGAUAAAACAAGUCCUUUACCAUUAAUGAUCUUAUUACUGAUUGUAUGUUUUUAAAUGAGAACUGGCUUAAUGGUGAUGAUGGUCCCACAGUUUUGAUUGAAGCUGGCCCACCACGCUAUUUCUUUGCAUGCUCUACAAGGCAAAGCAAACAGCUUAUUUGUCAACAUCAUGCAGUCUCUAGGCCACCCAAAGCUUGCCCCAGUUUUAUGGCUGAUUUAUCCAAACUCCUGUCAGGUUAAAUUUCAUUCUCAGUGAUUUUAAUGUACAAAUCCAACAGACCUUAAAGCCAUUAAAUUUGUGGAUCUUUUAAACUCUUUUGGUCUUUCCCAGAAUGUAAAUGAGCCAACCCAUAAGCAGGGACACACAUUGGACCUGAUUUUUAAAUCCAGUUAACAUAUCGGCCAUGUCUGAAGUUGCCUUUUCUGACCACUUCCCAGUCUUCUUUUCCAUGCAUGUGAUUCGCCCCCUCAUGUCCAAGAGAGGGUUGUGCAGAAGCGACAUCUUAUUUCUGACGUUGUUUGCAACUUUAUGCACACCUUUACAAACACUCUCACAUAGUCCUCAUUCAAUCUGUGUUGAUUUUAUUAAUGAAUUUAACGCUAAGCUACACGUUACUAUUGACACAGUCGCAGACCACUAUGGAGGAACAACUUCUGUUGUUUUCCAUGUCCAGUCCUAGAGGAACUCCUCACUGUGCAGUUUAGUGCAGUGAGAGCCCCAACUGUAAGCCCAUAUUCCAUAAAGAAUGAAUAACAGAUGAAAAACAAUUAAGCAAGAAUAAAUGAAGAAGAACUCCACACUGCUGAAUCCACUGCAGUCUUCCAGCUGGAGCUCAAAGUUCAUCUUCUAGAUCAGUGUUUCCCACUAAGUUCAUGUAGUCCAGCUGAUCUAUCACACCUGAUUCAGCUCUAGAAGGACUUGAUCAUUAGCUAAUGAUGUGACUCAGGUGCAGGAAACACUAAAUUGGGUUCCUGUAGGACUGAACCUGGAAAUCACUGCAGAACUGCUUUUGUAUCUACAUUGCUGAGCCUGUGUGAUCCACUGAAAAUAACAGAGAGGUUCAGUAACACUCAAAUAAUGUUUUAGGUAAAUAUUGUAUAAUAUAUUUUUUAUUACAUGACACUAACAUGGUUUGUAUAUUUAGUAUAUUGAUUCAUUCCUUUCUUCAGUAAACUUCCAAAA